GCCCAACGAGGCGCGGUCGUAGUAUUUCGUUCCGAUGGCCAGUGGAGCAAACCUGUAAGGCUGCCCUCUCACGCAUUGCGCUCCUUGCUAUGAUGCUAACUCUUCCCCUGCCGACGACGAUGAUGGCGGAGAUUUGAAAACAACAAGGAGAGAAAUAGAAAGGCGUCACCGAGGACAGAUAAGGGAAAACCCUAAUCCAAAUUCUCUUCAGCUCCACGCUGUUGCCCCCCCCCUAUUUCGCCGAUUCAUCUAUCUCUCGGUAAUUGUUGUCAGCUCGUUCCGCGGAUAGCCCUAAUUAGGGCUUCAACGCGGCGGUGAGCAGGUGUUUCCUAGGCUUUACUGUCGCCGAUUCUGUGCCGGAUCUUGUCGGAAUUGGUUUGGGCCCUGGGGGGUUCGGGGCCGAUUCUAGGUCUGCCUCCCAGGGUGACUGGGCCUCCGAUGGCUGAUUGACCAUGGUGCGGCUUCUCGGAUUGAGCCGCUUCGUAGGCGACGACCCACCGCGGGAGAUUACCCGCACUAAUCCUGUCGUUGGUGAGGGAGGGAGUGGGGAGAAUGGGUGGCUUAUUCGGUUUUUCGACUCGGCCUUCUUCUGCGAGUGGAUCGCUGUCAGCUAUCUCUACAAGCACGAGCACCCUGGGGUCCGGGAUUACCUUUGCAACAGGAUGUACACGCUGCCGCUCGUCGGCCUUGAAAAUUACCUCUUCCAGAUCUGCUACAUGCUGGUUCACAAGCCGAGUCCAUCUCUCGACAAAUUCGUCAUCGAUACGUGCUCGAAAUCGUUGCGGAUCGCCCUCAAAGUGCACUGGUUUCUGAUGGCGGAGCUUGAGGAUUCCGAGGACAGCGAGGGCAUCAGCAGGAUCCAGGAGAAGUGCCAGAUUGCCGCCACCCUGAUGGGGGAUUGGCCUCCACUUAUCCGCCAGCCUCCUGGAUCCUCCUCGAACCUCAAGGGAAACCCUAAACUCAACCGGAUACUGUCCUCCAAGCAGCGAUCACCUUCGGUCGCCUCAACGCCGGCACUGGGUUCAAGUUCUCCAAUUGAGGGGAAUUGCAAUAACGGGAGCGCUGGACAUGACUGUAAUGGCAAGGUAUUGACAUCCUCUGAAGAGGGCAAGCUGUUAAAGAAGCUUUUGCCGGGGCCGAAGGUUCGUGAGGCAUUCUCUUUUAGGAAGUCCGCUGAGAAGCAAGAGGAGGAAACCGAUAAAGAUGGGUUUUUCCGCAGGCUUCUCAGGGACAGUAAGGAGAAGGAGUAUGAGGCGGACAAAGAUGGUUUUCUUCGUCGGCUGCUCAGCAGGGAGAAGGAUGAGGAGCUGACAUCCAGUUCAGAGGGUUUCCUCAAGAGAUUGUUUCGCGAUAAGGAUGGUAAACCAGGAGAAGGGAAAGUAGGAGAAGGUAAAUCGGGGGAAGAAGUGGAGGUGGAUGGUUUUUUUCGUAGGAUUUUCAAGGAUAAGAAUGAAGAAAGGAAAGAUGGCGAGCACUGCAAGCAUGGGGAAGAAGAUACCUGCAAUGGGAAUAUGGAGGAAGACGAGAAGGAGAGUUUGUUUAGGAGACUUUUUAAAGAGAAAAAUGAUGAGAAAGCAGAUAGUUCUCAUGAUAGUCGUGAUGGAGUAGAUAGGACCAAUGGGGGUGUUGAUGAAGAUGAGAAGGAAGGAUUUUUUCGUAGGCUUUUGAAGACUGAGGAGAAGAAGGAUAGUGGUUUGAGAAAUGAGGAAGUGCGGAGCAACAGGACAGCUGAGGAUGAUGAUAAGGAUGGUUUUUUCCGGAGAAUAUUUAAGGAUAAGAAUGAAGAAAGAAGUGCUGCUGUGAAUGCUAAGAACAGGGAUGAAGAAAGAGUGAGCAAAAGUGUUGACGAUGACGAGAAGGAUGGUUUUUUUCGCAGAAUGUUUAAGGACAAGAACGAAGAAAAAAGAAUUUCUGGGCAUUCUAGGAAUGAUGAUAUAGAAAAGCUUAGCAGGAAUAGCGUGGAUGAUGAAAAGGAUGGAUUCUUUCGCAGAAUUUUCAAGGAUAAGAAUGAAGAGAAAAGAGAUUCUGUGCUUGAGAGGACUGGUGAUGAAGAAAGACUUAGCAGGAGUAUUGAGGAUGAUGAGAAAGAUGGCUUCUUGCGCAGAAUUUUCAAGGAAAAACAUGAUGAAAGGAGGGUUGCUGGACAUGAGCGGAAUUUAGAUGAAGAAAGGCUUAGCAGAUGUACGGAUGAUGAUGAUAAGGAUGGUUUCUUCCGCAGAAUAUUCAAGGAAAAAAGUGAAGAAAAAAAGGUCUCUGGUCUUGAAAGGAACGAGAAUGAAGAAAGGUCCAGCAAGAAUAAUGAUGAAGAUGAAAAGGAUAGUUUUUUCCAUCGAAUUUUUAAGGACAAGCAUGAUGAAAAAAAAGCUUCUGGGCAUGAGCGGAUUGAGGAGGCAGACAAAGUGAAGAGUACUAUUGAUGACGAUGUUGAAAAGGAAGGGUUCUUUCGCAGGCUUUUCAAGGAAAAACAUGAAGACAAGAAAGAUGAGGGUCAUGAUAGAAAACAAGAGGAGAACCAGACUAGUGGCUCUUUUGAGGAAGAGGAGAGUUCUGAAUUUUUGUCCUUUCGCAGGUUAUUUAGGGUGCAUCCUGAAGAUAAUAAGAAUGCUUCAAUGAGUAUUAACCCUGAUAGUUCAUUUGAUAGUAGUCCUGGAACCGAGAACUUUUUUCGGAGGUUGUUUCGUGAUCGAGAUCGGUCUAUUGAAGAUUCUGAGCUUUUUGGUUCUAGAAAACCGAGAGAGCAAUUACGCCCUGGCUCACCGAGGCAACGGUUGGAAAGAUCAUCCACAAAGCCUCCUAUACCAGAUCAUUUGAUUUCACAAAUCCGGAAAGGAGCAUAUCAUGCCUCGCUAGAGUUUGUUCAAUGUUUAUGUGAUACCUCUUAUGGCUUGGUGGACAUAUUCCCUAUUGAAGACCGGAAAGUUGCUCUUCGAGAGUCCCUUCAGGAAAUCAAUUCUCAAAUAUCUGAAUAUCAAAAGAGUGGAGGACUUUGCUUUCCUAUGGGGAAGGGGAUGUAUCGUGUUGUUCAAAUACCAGAGGAUGAAGCUGUCCUUCUUAAUUCCAGGGAGAAGGCGCCUUAUCUAAUAUGUGUUGAAGUUUUGAAAUGUGAAUCACCCUGCCAAACAAAGGCGACUUCUGAUGUUCAAAAGCUCUCUAGAGGAAUAAUUCCUUUGGCAAAUGGAGAUCUGCAGUCACCGAAGCCUCCUCCAUGGGCAUAUCCUCUUUGGAGCCAACAUCCAGCACAUCAUUUUGAUACUGAUAGAAUGUUGAAAAAUACAUCACAAGCUAUUGACCAGGUUAUGGCUCAAUUAUGGGAAGCUAAAGUAAAAAUUGUCCAUGUUAGCCUAUCCGUUGAGGAUCAAAAGGCUGUCAUGUCAAGACAUCGUGAAAAAAAUCAUCAUAUUUCUAACGGGGAUCUGAAUAAGGAAUUUGGAAAUGAUGAAAACGUGGAAAGGGUAAUAGUAAAUUUAUCAGCCAUUCCGGGGGUUAAAAUGAAAGAUGUAGUUGAUCAAGAAGCACCCCGUCGCAAGGAACAUCGUCGCGUUCCCAGCACGAUUGCCAUUGAGGAAGUAAAGGCAAAAGCUGCCUGUGGUCAGGCACCUCCUGGAGUCCACCUAAAGGGUGCUGGUCAAAAUUCACCUGAUCAGCAGUCAAAGGCAACAAAUGGAGUUCCUAAGCCAAGUGAUGCAUUAUCUGGUGAAUUGUGGGAGGUUAAGAAAGAAAGGAUACGCAAGUUGUCUCCAUACGGGAAAGUUUCUGGUUGGGACUUGCGCUCUGUUAUUGUUAAGAGUGGUGAUGAUUGUAGACAGGAGCAUCUAGCAGUGCAACUGGUUGCUCAUUUCUAUGAUAUAUACCAAGAAGCUGGUUUGCCAUUAUGGUUGCGACCUUAUGAGGUCAUUGUCACUUCCUCUUAUACUGCCCUUAUUGAGACCAUUCCUGAUACGGCUUCGAUUCAUUCUAUUAAGAGUAGAUUUUCUCAUAUAUCAAGCUUGCGUGAUUAUUUUGUGGCUAAAUAUGAAGCGAACUCACCAAAUUUUAAGCUUGCCCAGAGAAGUUUUGUUGAGAGCAUGGCUGGAUAUUCCAUUUUAUGUUACCUUCUUCAGGUGAAGGAUCGGCAUAAUGGAAAUCUGCUUAUGGAUGAAGAAGGUCAUAUCAUUCAUAUUGAUUUUGGUUUUAUGCUAUCUAAUUCCCCUGGAGGAGUAAACUUCGAGAGCGCUCCCUUUAAAUUAACUCGUGAGCUUCUCGAGGUAAUGGAUUCUGAUGCUGAAGGGAACCCAAGUGAAUUUUUUGACUAUUUCAAAGUGCUGUGCAUACAAGGCUUUCUUACUUGCCGGAAGCAUGCAGAACAAAUAAUACUCAUUGUUGAAAUGCUACAGGAUUCGGGCUUUCCCUGUUUCAAAGGGGGUCCUCGGACAAUACAAAAUCUUAGGAAACGGUUUCAUUUAAGCCUAACAGAGGAGCAAUGCGUCUCUUUGGUGCUUUCCUUGAUCAGUAGCAGCUUAGAUGCCUGGCGCACCAGGCAAUAUGAUUAUUAUCAGCGGGUGCUCAAUGGAAUUCUAUGAUGCGUUUCUCCUGUGCUUAAUCUACCUUCAUAUUUGCCAAUUUCCAUUCAGAACAGAGGAAAUCUGGCGAUGAAUACUAGGUCGAAAGUUUUGUAGCUUGAUUUGGUUAGUUCAUUAUCAUGUGCCAGUUUACCUGCAGUGCCUGGUCUUCAGGUUUGAUCGCAUUGCUGCCGUGGAUGAUACAGUUAGCUUUCUACAUAUAUUGUGAAUUCAAUGGUGAUGAACCUGCAACUGAAUUUGUUACUGUACAGUAGAGGUCGGUGGAGCUAGUAAAUCUCUGCAGCUGAAGAUUUGGGUGCUCGAAACUAGAAAAAAAAAAGAAGAAAAAAAGAAUCUGUACAGAUGAUUCGUGGCUAGAUUCUAUUAGAGUGCCUUGAGAAUUGGAAGAUCGCUAAUAUGCUGCUUCCAAUUGGCGCUUAAUUGACAUUUCUGCUUUCUUGUCAUUUGUUCCUUCCAAUUUUCUCAGAUUUUGUAUUUUUCUUCGGGAGUUUUUCUUUGUGGCAUCCAGUUUUGAUGUCAGCAUUCCUUUAUCGGAUUGUGUAUAAUGAUGAAUUGAAAUGUUUGUUUGUAUAUGGUGUAAUUUAGUUUAUACUGUCAGUCUUCCCAACGCUGCCUCCCCCUCUAUUAUUUCUUCUCUAUACACUCUGCCUUUCCCUCUCUAUUUUCACCUGUUAGGAUGUUGUUUACUCUGUUUUGUAUCAUUUAUUAGCUAUUAUUGGCGUUCAUUAUAUGAUUUAG